UGAUUAUGCAUGUUUGGCACCAUUUUCAUUUUCAUUUUAUUAUUAUUCUUAUUGCAUUAAAUUUUAUAGAAAAUUUAGAAAACAUCAUGUACACAAAGAUCAAGAUCGCUUACACAAAAAAACCAGGAAAACAAAUCUUGAAGCUGCCUUCAGAUCGGUAGUCGUCUGCUAAAUUUUGCUCCCGCUACAUGAUUAGAGUCAAAAUCGCGAGAUUCCCAGCCAAAUGGAGAGGAAAACCGUCCUUCAAGAAAACCCAAGAUCAUCAUCCCACCGGAUGAAGGAUCGGAAUUCGAAGUGCGCCGAUCAAGUGACGGAGUUUGCUUGCAGCGCUUGCGUUUGCUGUGUUUCGUGCCCGAUUGCCGUCGUUUGGUGUUUCAUUAUGCUUCCGUGCAAGAUUGGGUGGCGUGCCGUGCGCACCGCCGCGGAUUGGGCUUGUUCUUGCGGGUCGCGUAAGCGAGUUCUACCGGAAUAUUCUUCAUUUUCCGACAUUGAUUUUGAUGUUUUGCCCCGAACAACGAAUUCCUCUGGUGACUUAAUUGGUUCGAGUAAUUGGCGUAGACGUGAUCCGCCUUAGCUGUUCUGCCAAUUAUUGUAAUUUAUGAACAUGAAAUGGUUGAUUUUUCCAUGAUUUCUCCAUCGAGAGGAACUUUAAAUUUGUUAGAAUCGAGUUCAGUUCUAACCUUUG